UUUCCUUAAAAUGGAUAAGAAACAAUUUUCAAAAAUCCAAUGAAUGAAGGUUUUGGAAUCCUUAGGUAGUCAAUAAACCAGUCACCAAAUACUAACCUUGAACAAUUUGUUGAAUUUGAGAAAUUAAUAAAAACAUUUGUAGAGUAAAUUCUCCGAAAAAUGGCCGACAUGUCGAUACGCCAUCUUUGUUUUCAUAUGCAUUCUAAACCCACUGCGAUCGUUCAGAUUUUUGAAACAACCGCGCUAUAUUCCCGACUGUAAGUGCUUUGUGAUUGGUCAAUCAAAUUGCACUUUGACACGAUAAUCGCCGACGACGUAUCUGUGAUAACAAACAAGAUGCCGAACUCUUGUUGUGUAGGCGGUUGUAAUCGAACGCAAUUAAGUCACCCAAAUGUAUCUUUUUUCCUCUUUCCAAAGAAAGAUAAAGAUAUAGAAACUUUUAAUAAGUGGGUAGAAUUUGUUAAUACGACGAGGAAGAAGUACAUAUGGAAAUCAUGUCACAAAAUAUGCAGCAGGCACUUUACUACAGAAGACAACAUGAAUUACCUCAUGAGAUCAGAGAUGGAUAAACAAGGAGUCAAAGUGAAGUUCAGGCUCAAUCCGAAAGCUUUUCCAACUAUUAGAGCACCAGUAAAGGACAGUGAGGAAGAAGAUGUUGAGGAAAUGCCAUCCCAGACCAAAAAAAGAAAAAAAACGAAAUCUGCAUACCGGCGGAAACGGGAGGUUGAAAGUAUUCUAUUAGACCAGGUCCAAGAGGAAGUGGCUGGUACAUCGAUACAACAGAAUGUGAGAAUGAAGAAAUGGAUUUAAAGAAACUGGAGACGCUACAUCUUCUAAUAGAAGAUGAUAGUGACAGUGAUCAUGAUGAUACAGAUUAUGUUCCUUCUUUAGAAGAACAAACCGAUCCAGA